AUGUUUAAGUUUUCAAAUAAAACUCCGUCUCCUAUAAGGCACCAAGCAAGGUUCGUUUUAGACUCAUCAAGCUUCUCAAAAGGAUACAAUGAAUACAAUGGCUUAAAAGAUCCAUACUUAGAAGGAUUCUUCGCAUCAGAAAGAAGAAAAAAACUUUUGCUUGCCCAGAACCUUGUAAAUACUAAUUAGAUCAAUCAAAAAGGGAAAAUUAACGAUGGCAUAUGCAAGAAGAAAAUACUAGAUAUUUCAUUAAGCCGGCUGACAAAAAAGAAAUCCAUGAAAGCUCAUUCCACAAAUGGAUCCACUUCAGUUACCAAAAGAACGUUUAAAAAAGAAGAAAAUGAAGUCCAGCCUAUGAGCUCAGAACAGUUUAAGAAGCUUAUAGAAGAUUUCCGAAAACAAAAUGGGAUCGAAAACAACAAGCACUUAUUUAUUACAAAUCAUGAAUAA